AUGGCCGAGACGGUGAUUCGAAAAGCUUGUGAUCGCUGUCACGCUCAGAAACUCAGCUGCAAACGAUACAACGACGAGCCGUGUGAGCGCUGUGUAAGACUCAAGACGGAGUGCAAGUCAAGUCCAUCUCUGAGAUAUAGGAAGAACCAGCAACAGCAGCAACUUGUGGAAAACAGUAACAACAACAACACUUCUCAACCAGCACUCAACUCGGCCUCGUCGACUGAACGCCGCUCUCCGAAACGACGACGGACCGACAUCCAGGAAGAUGCGAGUCUUGUCUCACCCGAAACGGUACCCCAUACAACCAGCCUGACGUCUAAGAGUCAUGUCCCUGUCUCACCCGAUCCCGUCGACAAUUCGAGUUCCAGCGCCGCCGACUUUGCCUUUACCUUUGACCAACAGCUGGCCUUUUUCACAAACAACCCUCAGUAUUUAUCUCAUCCCGAGUUCCCCAUCGACAAUCACCAUCAUCCUCCUGUCUUUUGGGAACAACCAGCAACGACGACCACCACUCCUACUCUUCUCCAACCUGAAGUACCAGUAGUAGUACCCCCUUAUCAUCAUCAUCAAGUUGCACCAGAGGGUGACGCCCUAAAAGUGCCUGUGCCCCUGACCAGUGCUGGUGAAAGCUGUGUACCUGAGCACAGCAUCUCCUCUGACAAGCGCGCGUCACGACCGCGGCGCACAACAGCAACAAAGCAGAGGCCUAGAACCAGACUCAGGCCGAGGCAGAUCACUCUCCGGCACGACGCUGACCUAUUGCCUCUGCAGCAACCCGAGGCUCCCCGGAUUCACUGGAUGGCGCAGUUGUCUGACAUCAACGCCCGGCUUCUGGACCUGGCGUCAGCUCUACCUUCUCCCCAGGAUGGACCAUUUUUAGGUCGUCCUGUUGAUGAGGGGUUCAGAGGCCAGGGUUUUCCCAUCGAGGACAUGUUCAAGCUGACUCGUCGAGUCGCCGACAUCCUCGAGGAGCCUCCCUCGAGUAACGAGAGCAACAAGAUGCAUCACUCCACCAUCGAUGGAAGUGACCCAGGCAACGCCAUGUUCAUCUUAUCGACGUACGUUCGACUCUUGGACAUGUAUCAACGAGUGUUCAACCUCGUACACACAGAGCUUAUAUCCCCGCCCGAUGCCAACACGAUGUUUAGCUUCUGGGAACUACCCGACGUGACGGUCGGUUCGUUCGCCGUCGAGUCGUCACCCUUUCUGCAGAUGUCUCUUACGAUUCAACUAGCAGAGGAGUUUCUUUCUCGUCUCAGAGGCUCGACGGCGCGGUGGUUAGGGGCUGGGACGGCAUCUUCUAUGUUCUCGGGGGUUGUGGAUGUUUCUUUCCAGGCGUUUCGCGAUCGGGAGGAGGCUUUGGCGAAGCAUUUGGUUGAGCUGCGGAGCGAGAUAGAACCUUGGAUAGAUUCGUAA